UGACAAUCGGAUCGAGUGAACGGCUCUAUACCGCAGCCCCCCCGCCCAGCAGGCCCCCCGGCCGGCUUCGCAGACGAUGGCCGCUUAAGACAGACCGACUGAUUGCCUCUGCCCAGCCGCCAGCCUCCCCACCCAUCGAAGUCACCCUCAAGGCCAACAUCAAACUUCAAGAUGACGAAGAAAAGAAGAAAUGGAGGACGUAACAAGUCUGGCCGUGGUCACGUCAAGCCCGUCCGUUGCUCGAACUGUUCUCGAUGUGUGCCCAAGGAUAAGGCCAUCAAAAGAUUCACUGUCCGAAACAUGGUCGAAUCUGCCGCCAUUCGGGAUUUGAGUGAUGCCUCCGUUUACACGGAAUACGUCCUUCCCAAACUUUACGUCAAGAUUCAUUAUUGUGUCUCCUGUGCUAUCCACGCUCACGUUGUCCGGGUGCGAUCUGUCAUCGGCCGACGCAACCGUGCACCUCCAGCACGGGUUCGUUUCAACAAGGAUGGGAAGAAGGUUAACCCCAAUGCUGUUGCAGCUGUUGCGGCCGUCACUGGACCCCGAGCAUAAUCUCUCGUCACUCUUGUAAUUGGUCACACUACCUAUAUGCUGCAUCUGAAAUGUAGUUGACUUUGUCACCAACCAAGCUCUCCUAUGCUGUACCAUGGUGCCCAUCAUUUUUACUCCCUUCGAUGAGAAGAAACGCCUUAGAUGAACCGGAGCCACUCCCAAUAAAUCACUCAACAUUAUAUGCAUUCCCCCCGCUCCUUGUGCCAGACCAACAUGCAUGGGUAAAGCCACCCAGGACUGCGCUUCCCUGCCCUUUCGGUCGGUUGUGCCCCUAAGUGAUCAUGUGUGGGCGUGAAUCACUCAUCUGCUCCCUG